AAUGGUUCCAGUACACCCGCAUGCCCCAAGGUUUCAAGAACAGCCCUGGCCACGGAAGCCGUGCUGCUGUGUCUAUACGAAUUGGGUUUCAUAGUCUCACGCAAAAAGCUACAAUGCUGGAGGAAAACUGUCACCUUUCUGGGUCGUGUUCUCUCAGCUGCUGGCUGCGCCAUGUCGGACGCCCAUCGUGCGUCCAUCCUCAGGCAUCCCAAGCCUUCCACGAUCCGAAUGGCAUCCCUCUAAAUAAGCCCUCCAUGCUAAAGAGAUGGAAGAUCCAACGUGUCCACAUUCUGCGCGGUUGCCUCAGUGAUCCUGAGGUGGAAGGGGGCAUACUGUACCGCCGUGGAGGAACGAUACAGUUAAACCAUGUGCCAGGUGAGCGUGCAGCAGUCCCUGUCUGGAUCCCCAUCAGAGGCACAUCGCAGCAGGAGGGCUACCACUUCCACCAGGCCAAAUGGGUGACCGGCACGCAGGUGUCCCCAGAGCUGUUCCAGGCCCAGGCCAUGACAGGAGUGUGUCGCUGGAACUAUCAGUGUCUGCUGGACCUGAAACUGCCAGGCGUUUGUCUCCCGCCUGUUUUCGACCCUACACUGAUGUGCUCCCUCAAUGCUUUUUCCAGACGGGUCUUUGGUGAAGAAAAGUUUGUCCAGGUUUGGCCUGGAGUACAGGGAGUGUUGUUCGGUCCCUUUAGACUGGGACAACCAUAAAACCAAGAAGGACCCCGGCCGCGCCACAAGUGCUCCUUCUCCAGGCAUCCUGUCUGAUCAAGGAGCUGGUCAGGGAGCAGAACCAGUGCAGCCUUCCUCCACACCUCCCACCAGGCUUUCAACUUUGUUCCCCACUCUGUUCACCCUCUUCAAACUGCUACUGCGACUAUGUCUAGUCAUGUGGCCCCU